CAUCCCGAACCUCUCGUAACAGAAGUGGCGCUGCUGCUAAUGAUGAGGCAAGAACCCAGAAGCCCCUACGUCAUACAGCUGUACGAGUGGUUUGAACACCCUCGAAAAUUCACUCUCGUCAUGGAGUACCCCGAACCUUGCGAGAGCUUGCUGGACUUCAUCAUCCGUAACCCUGAACUGGAUGAACCAACGGCACGGGUCAUCAUGAGACAGGCUGUGCUGGCGGUACAACACUGCAUCGAACAUGGCGUUUUUCAUAAUGACGUUCAUGCGGAUAACUUCCUGAUGAAGAAAAACACGUUAGAGCUCAAGCUGAUAGACUUUGGCUGCGGUCAGCUACUUAGUAGUGACGGCUACGAGAGCAGAAUAUACCUUGGAUUAAUGGCUUACUGCCCACCUGAAGUCUUCACAGAUACGAGAUUCCACGCCGUCCCAACAAAUGUCUGGGCUCUAGGAGUGUUGUUAUAUGAGAUGGUGAACGCAUGUUCUCCUUUUGGCAAUAGAAUGGAAAUCACACAAGCCAAAGUUACAUUUAGGAACUCCAACUUAUCCAAAGGAAAUAACAUACUUGCUGUCCUUGGUGGAGGGCUUGAGCUCGUGACGUGACCCGAAGCCCGAAAUCCAACUUCAACUCGACAGGGAACUCAAGCCGCCACACCAGAGAGCUCAGAGCCUGGCAACACGGGGGAUCUUUCGGACAGUGAAUCGAUCAAGAACAAUU